GCGACUGGUACGAAAGCCAUCCGCCUGAAUCAAUGCGUUGCGCUAUUAUCCGGACGAAGGUUCUUCUGUCGGUGCCUUACCGAAACACUCAGUUCCCGUGGUUCUGCUUGACCAAGGCGUCUACCUAGAUCAUUUUUUAGCUGCUGCGUGCCAAUUCUCUUGUUUCACAGUAACCCACUGUCACAAACGCUGUCUGUUAUUUCGUCGGCAACUAACACUCGGUUGUCUUAUAUUCACCAUGGCUACCUUCUAUCAGAUCGUUCUCGGUUUAACAGCUCUCAUCUUCCUCGGAACGUUGCAUUCAGCCAACUGCAUUCAUUGCUGGGACUGCAAUUCUGCAUACGAUCCAAGAUGCGGAGAUCCAUUCGAUAAUCAUUCCAUCGCAAUGGUCGACUGCAGCCAAAUGUCUUAUCCGCAUUUAAGUGUUAAAGAGGCUACUCUGUGCAGGAAAAGUACCCAAUUAGUCAACGGAAACGUACGCGUCGUUCGCAGUUGUGGUUGGCUCAACUCGAGCAACGAAGACGAUGGCAAAAGCUGUUUCAAACGAUCCGGUUCGCAAGACGUCUUCCUCACCCACUGUACGUGUUUCGCCGAUGGCUGCAAUGGCUCACCUGGGUCUCUGAUGCCCACCUUCGUUCUAACCAUCCCCGUCCUGUUAACUGUUCUUCUCUUUUCGGCUUCACUCAAUCCUUUUUGUUGAUACAAUCACACUUGUUAUUUGCAAAUGACUCGUAGUUACAAUAAGAUAAACCAAUAUAUAUUAGAGUGUAUUCUCGGUAUUCCAUACCGAAGAGGUUACCUGGUCGAGAAGCCCCUCACUAAAAAAAAAAAAAAAACAAAGAAAAAAAAAGCCAGUCACUAUUCUAUAGCCUCUUUUGGUGAGUAGCUUCUUCGUCCUUGCCGAGCUGUGAUUGGCUCAGCCUGAUCAGAGUAGUUUAGCCUAGGUUAGUGAUAAUUGUUCGAAUCACGUCAUUUAUUUCAGCUCCAUCAACUUUCAACCGUCAAAUCAGGUCCGAAUCGAAACAUCUUGCACAUUGGGACUCAUCCCAUUCCCGCGUGUUGAUCAGAGAUCGAACUCGAUUCCAGUUAAUGGCUCGUAAGGCUAAACCGGAGAGCAAUUCACCUAUAGUUGACAUCAAUAAUUCAUUUUGGGUUAGUUGAAAAAUUCCUGCCAUUUUGCAAUCUACGGAAUAUAUGCAGCAUGGUGAGCACAUUCUGGCGAGCCAAACUUUUUUAUUAUUGUUGACCCGAUGUUCAGUUUUCUAAAGAAAAAAAAACGAUCCGAUUCAAAUUCGUGUUCAAAACAUUUUCUUUUUCACGAUGUUUCCUGUUACGAUUGCAUGGCAAGUAAAAACGUAGCGUCAGGUUAUGCAUCGCUAUCGGCAGUGUUUUGAAACGUCAAUUGAUGUGGCCGUAGCGGAAUUUCAAAACAUAUUUUUUUUUUAAAUCAUUUGCCAAUUUACUGUUUCUUUUCUGUAGAUUUACCCUUCGAAUGUACACCCAAUUGCCUCAUUCGUGCGAGAAUAAACUUGCAUCUUAGUCGUU